AUGAACAAUCUGCAGGAAAAUAGUGCAGCUUCUCCUGCCUCUCCUUCUGUGAAAGACCUUGAGAAGAUUUUGUAUGGAGGUAAAAGGUUUGGUAAUCAUGUUGAUGAAGUUUGGCCUAACCUGUUCAUUGGAGAUAUGUCAGUAGCUAAUGAUCGCUACAGUCUGUGGAAGCUGGGAAUCACCCAUGUUGUGAAUGCAGCUCAUGGGAAGAUGCACUGUCAGGGGAGUCACUACUUCUAUGGAUCCACCGUGGAUUAUUAUGGAGUGCCUGCAGAUGACUCACCGUCUUUUGACCUCUCUCGAUAUUUCUUUCCCUCUGCUGAGUAUAUUCAUAACGCACUUAACACGACAAGUGCUCGAGUUCUCGUCCACUGUGCUGUUGGCGUGAGCAGGUCUGCCUCCAUCGUCCUGGCCUACCUAAUGAUCCACCACAAUUACACGCUACUAGAUGCAAUCAAUAAGGUCAAAGAGCGCAGGUGGAUCUUCCCAAACAGAGGAUUCCUUAAACAGCUUCGUGCUUUGGGUAUGAAACUGCAAAAGACUUCAUGA